AUGGCUCCAACUCCAUUAUACGUGAAAGGUGGUGUUUGGACUAACAUUGAGGAUCAAAUCCUAAAAGCAGCUAUUCAAAAAUAUGGUACUCAUCAAUGGAGUAAAAUUGCGUCUUUAUUACAUAAGAAAUCAGCAAGACAAUGUGAAAUUCGUUGGAAUGAAUUUUUGAAUCCACAAUUAAACUUUAAUGGUUUUACAAAGGAAGAAGAUGUGAAAUUAUUAACAUUGGCCAGAAAAUUACCUAAUCAAUGGAGAACUAUAUCUGAUAUGAUGGGAAGAACAGCUCAAAUAUGUAUUGAACGAUAUAAUAUAUUACUAUCCGAUAUUACAAUUACUAAUGAAACUAACGAUCACGAUGAUUUAAGGCUCAGCACAUCUGCAGAUUUCAAAGUAGGUGAUUUGAAUCCACAUGCAGAUACACAAAUAGCAAAACCAGAUAAGGAUGAAUUAGAAGAUGAUGAGAGAGAGAUGUUAGCAGAGGCUCGUGCGAGGUUAUUAAAUACACAAGGUAAGAAAGGUACAAGACGGAUUCGUGAAAGAAUGUUAGAAGAAUCAAAGAGAAUAGCAGAAUUACAAAAGAGACGUGAAUUGAAGCAAGCUGGUGUAAAACUUGCACCAAAAAAAUUGAAAAAAAAAUAUGCAGAUGAAAUUGAUUAUAAUGCGGAUAUCCCAUAUGAACAAGUACCAUUAGCUGGACUAUAUGAUACUACACAAGAAGAUAAACGUUCGAUAAUAGAUUUAAAGAAAUAUGAACAAUCUGUGCAAAGGAAAGGUUUACAUGAAAGAGUCGACAGAGAUGAUAGAGAGAAAGGCCAUAAACGUAAGAAAGAAAAUAAAGAAGAAGAACCACAACAGAAGAAAAAACUUCAAAAGAAAAAUAAGGAUGAUAAUGUUCAUCAAUUUAGAGAUGGUAAGGACAAGUUAAAUCUAUCGAAACCUGGACAUGCAGAAUUAUCUCCAUCGCUAUCCGCGAACGGAGAGGACAGUUUGAUAGUUUCUAGACGUGAAUUGCUCAACUCGAGGAAUGUAGGAGCUGUAUUAAAUGACAAGAGUAAGCAUCCUGGGUCCAGAUCUAGCUCAAUUGUUUCUUUACAGGGCACUAAAUCAGAAAUUGAUAUAUCUAAAACAGAAUUAAAACAAAGACGAUUACAUGAAUUAUUACAAUCGUUACCCACCCCUAAAAACGAUUAUGAACUUAUAUUAGACGUAUCAGAUGACGAAGAAGAUAUUUCAGCACAACCUAAAGAUGAUGCUGUGUCAAGAGAUAGUAUGAUAAUGGCAGUACCAAAAUCUGUAGAUCUAAAAUUAGACAGUCUCAAUAUCCGUGUGUUACCCACCCCUGAAUUCAUUGAAAAUCCAACCUCAGAAUAUGAUGAAACUUAUAAUGAGCUAGUUUCAAACUUACUCACAACUACAACUUACAAAUGUACAGAUCAAAUUGCUGGCAUAUACAACAAAUUACAUGAUUCUUUACAACAAGUUAUAACUAAAAACUCAAUAGGAAACAAAACAAUCCUCCCUACAAAUGUCUCAACUCAGACAUUACACUCUGAUAUUAUCAAGAAACAAGAGGAGGUCGCUCAAUUACAAGAUGCACUCAACUACAUUAACCCACUGGCACAGGAGAACAAUACAGUUUCACAGAGACUCUACCGGGACAAGAUACCGGAACUCCGCGAAUUGCAACAAGGUUACUACGUCAAUUACAAACUCUACAGAAACGAAACACAAGCUGCAAAAGCAAGACUCGUGAACCUCCAACGUGCCCUUUCCUCACUCCAGAAGCAAACGAUGCCUUCGAGUUAG